UUGGGUGUCACGUACCAAAACAAUAAAGCCGGUGCAGUUGUUACAGCUAUUGCCAUUGCUACAGGAAAAUCACAGAUUGAACAGCUCCAAUUUCACCCAAUUCUUUUUUAAAAUAAAGCUGUAAUCUUUUUUCCAUUUUUGCGGGUUUUCUUUCCCCUAUUUCUGGGUUUCAACGGAUCUUUACUGGCCUGCCUUUUUCAGGCGAUUCUUCCGUUUUAAUUUUGUGGGUCUGUUUCGAAUCUUCGAUUGCUGGAUUUGAUACAGUUGUCUGAGUAAAAAGAUUCAAUCUUGGGGGAAAAAUCAAAUAGAAAUGAAAUCUGGGAAAGGGCAUCAAGAAGAGGAGGAGGAGGAGGAGGAAGAGUUUGGUGCGAAGAAGGACGCCACAUCAUCUGCUAAUAACAGCAAAGAUGGAAAGAACAGUGACAAAGCAAAUGCUAUAAGGUCAAAACAUUCUGUCACGGAGCAGCGAAGGAGGAGCAAGAUCAAUGAGAGAUUUCAGAUAUUGAGAGAACUUAUACCGCAUAGUGAUCAGAAGAGAGACACUGCUUCGUUUUUGGUAGAGGUGAUUCAGUAUGUGCAGUUUCUACAAGAGAAGGUUCAGAAGUAUGAGGGUUCAUAUCAACCUUGGAAUUCAGAGCCCACAAAACUGAUGCCAUGGAGAAACAGUCAUUGGCGCGUUCAGAAUUUUGUCGGUCAGCCACCAACAGCAAAGAAUGGUUCUGCUCCUGGUUCUGCCUUUCCUGGGAGGUUUGAUGAAAAUAGUUUAGGAGUCCCUAUGACCAUGCAACCAGGCCAGACAAAUCCAAUUGAGCCCGAUCACGUUAUGGAUGCCCAAGGUAGACCGAUGGAUCUACACACUGAACUUCCAAACAAAUCAAUGAGCAUGCCUUUGCCUAUUCCAGUUUCCAUGGGAAACGACGGGCCAUUCUCCCACACAUUCGGACCAUCAGAGGCGCAAUCAUCAGAAUGUCCCAGCACUGCUGAUGCACUUAACCUUCAAGAUGAGCUAACAAUCGAGGGUGGUACAAUCAAUGUUUCCAGUGCAUACUCUGAAGGAUUAUUGACUACAUUGACACAAGCACUUCAGAGUACGGGCUUGGAUCUCUCUCAAGCCAGCAUCUCAGUCCAGAUCAAUCUUGGAAAACGAGCGAACAGAGGAGCCACACCAACAGCUAAGGAUCAUAUAAUUCCUACACCGUCAAGCAACCAACCCGUCGGGACGUUUCACGAGGCCACAAGCAGCGAAGACUUCGAUCUAGCUCAAAAAAGACGAAAGCUUUGAUUAUAACGCUAUGGCCCAGCUUCAAGAAACAUCCAUUUCCAACUGAUAAAUCUGUUUGCUGAGUAUUUGCACCAUUGUAUAUUUCUUCUUUCGAGCCCCUUUUUUGUUGAUUUAUUUAAUCUUUUAGCUUAUUUAUGUGUAUGUGUUACGAAACGGCUGCGUGAUGGAUAUAUUUUAGUUGUUUUUAUGGGUUUUGAAACUCAGAUAUCUGUUAUUUUGGAAUGAAAAUAUGAACAUUACGUAUA